CGUUCAGCAUUUCACAAUGCCGGUCGUUUGUGAGCCAUUUGCGGAGAAAGAACUAAUCAGCAGAGUGAAAUAUGCAGGAAUUGAUGAGUUUGUCUACGUGAAAAAUCCAUCCAAAGACUUCAAAGAAGAAUCAUACUUUUUGCCAGCACUUUACGCCAAUUCCGCCGAGAAGAUUUCCAACUUUAGGGUUCGUUCGGAUGAUGUGUGGGUGGCGACUUUCCCCAAAUGCGGGACAACGUGGUCAUUAGAGAUGAUCUGGAUGCUCUGCAAUGGACUAGACUACGAGACAUCCAGAAAUGUUGAUCAGAAUGCAAGAUUUCCUUUCCUAGAAGUACACAACAUUUUAUCUAGAGAGCUGAAUCUUCCUGACGGUGCGGAGAUUCUCGAGAAGACAGAAUCGCCGCGAUUCAUUAAGACUCACUUGCCGGCUCCUUUGCUGCCCAAAGAGAUCUGGACCGUCCGCCCUAAACUUGUCUAUGUCGCGAGAAAUGUAAAAGACGCCGCGAUAUCAUUUUAUCAUCACUAUCGCAACAUCUUUCACUACACAGGCAGUCUUGAGGACUUUCUGGAAAAUUUUAUGAACGAUAAAGUCGUUUACGCACCGUAUCACAGUCAUAUUAGUGAAUAUUGGCAAAGGAGAAAUGAGGAAAACAUUCUGUUCCUAACUUAUGAGGAUAUGAAGAAAGAUCAUCCGCGUGUUAUUGAAAAAACCGCAAAAUUCUUUGGGAAAUCGUAUACAAAAGAACAAAUUCUCGAAUUGGCAAAUUAUCUCGACUUUUCCAAUUUCUCCAAAAAUUACUCAGUAAACCAUGAAGAAGGAGUUGAGAGGAUUCAACGGACACUUCAAUUGAAGAAGCCUGAUGAUGACUAUCGAUUUAUUCGGAGAGGUGAAGUUGGAUCUCAUCGUGAUGAAAUGCCAAAAGACAUGAUUGAGAAGUUCAACGAAUGGACAGAAAGAAAAAUCGAAAAGGCUCAAUUAGGACCUGAAAUUCGCACUAUUUUCAAUAGAUCGUAAUUUUUCCCUCAGUGAUUGAACGCAUGAAUUUACGAUUUGGGAAUAGUAUCGAUUUUGUCACACAUAUUUGGCAAAUGUAACAAAUAAAAGAAAUGCAUGGAAU